AUGAUGCAGCUGAUCAAGAACGCGGAUGUCUAUGCUCCUGCGCAUCUUGGACUCUGUCACGUGCUCGUGGGAUGCGGAAAGAUCAUGAAGAUCUUCCCUGGAAACGCUUCGCUGCACGAGCAGACGUUCUUGGAUCUGAACAUCUCCACCAAGGACCUCGACGGCAAGAAAAUGAUUCCCGGGCUCAUCGACGGCCACGUACACUUGACAGGAGGAGGAGGGGAGGCAGGUUUCAGGACCAGCGUCCCUCCUAUCCCUCUCUCCAACUUUACCCUUGCUGGGGUGACCACGGCAGUUGGUGUGCUGGGGACGGACGACUGCGUACGUUCAACAGCCAGCCUACUUGCUCGAGCCCGCGGCCUGAGGGAAGAAGGGUUCUCAAGCUACAUCCUUACAGGAGGCUACCAUGUUCCCGUGACGACCCUGACUGGGUCAGUGAAGGAGGACAUCGUCCACCUCGACCUCUGCAUUGGAUGCGGAGAGCUUGCUAUCAGUGAUCACAGGUCCAGCCAGCCAACCUUCGACGAGCUCGUGAGGAUAGCUGGCGACUGCCACGUUGCGAACCUGAUGACCGGAAAGGCGGGAACCCUUCACCUGCACAUGGGGGCAGGGCAGAGGAGGAUGGAGAUGGUGAAGAGAGCGCUGGAGGAGACAGAGAUUCCUUCCAGGAUCUUCAACCCGACGCACUGCAACAGGAACCUGCCGCUGCUGGAGGAGGCGAUGGAGCUCGCGCUCCUCGGGUCUACCAUCGACGUAACGGCUGGGACGGGGAAGAAGGGAGGAGGUGGAGGGCCUACAGCAGCGGAGGCCAUCCGGAGGUACUUGAAGGACGACAGGAUGCUUCCUCCAGAGAAGAUCACGUGCAGCUCUGACGCGGGAGGGAGCAUCCCGACAUUCGACGAGCAGGGAAACUUGUUGAGGCUCGGGUACGGGACCUCCGCCAACCUCCUCGUGGCGAUCAACGAGCUUCUGCAUCCUACUGAUGGAAGCGACAGCUUACCACUGGACGUCGUCCUCCCUCCCUUCACCAGCAACUGGGCGACGCUGCUCAAGAUCGAUGACAAGAAGGGAAGGAUCGCUGAGGGCUGCGAUGCUGAUCUGGUCGUCCUGGAGGAGGCAGGAGAAGGAGUUUCUGUCUCGGACGUCAUGGCCAUGGGCGUUUGGCACGUGGUCGAUGGGAAGGCUGUCGUCAAAGGGACGUUUGAGAGCUGA